AUGAAUAAUACUGCAAAUACUGCAAAUACUGCGGAUAUUGCAGAUACUAAUACAAAUACCGAUAUUAGAAAAUUUUUUACACCUCAAAAUUAUUUGUCCCAAACAACUGAUAGUUCUAAUAACCAAAACAAAAAAUUGGUUAAAGAUAAUUAUCCGUAUAUUCAUAUAACAAGAAUAGAAAAUAGUUCAUAA